AACACAUGCUGUUUAGAUCAGAGCUCAAACUGGUUUCACUUCUGAGAAAGUGAAACUCAGACAGUCGUUGACACUGAGAGGAGAAAUGGCGCAGAAAGGAGUUCAGCUGGACCAGGAAACCUUCUCCUGUUCGAUCUGUCUGGAUCUACUGAAGGAUCCGGUGACUAUUCCCUGUGGACACAGCUACUGCAUGAACUGUAUUAAAGGCUUCUGGGAUGAAGAGGAUGAGGAGAAAAUCCCCAGCUGCCCUCAGUGUAGGCAGACCUUCACUCCGAGGCCUGUCCUGGUGAAAAACACCAUGUUAGCAGCUUUAUUGGAGGAGCUGAAGAAGACUGGACUCCAAGCUGCUCCUGCUGAUCACUGCUAUGCUGGACCUGAAGAUGUGGCCUGUGAUGUCUGCACUGGGAGGAAACUGAAAGCCCUCAAGUCCUGUCUGGCCUGUCCGGCCUCUUACUGUGAGAAACACCUCCAGCCUCAUUAUGACGCAGCUCCAUUAAAGAAACACAAGCUGGUGGACCCCUCCAAGAAGCUCCAGGAGAACAUCUGCUCUCGUCACGACGAGGUGAUGAAGAUGUUCUGCCGUACUGAUCAGCAGUGUAUCUGUUAUCUCUGCUCUGUGGAUGAACACAAAGGCCACGACACAGUGUCAGCUGCAGCAGAAAGGACUGAGAGGCAGAGAGAGCUGGAGGUGAGUCGACAAAACAUCCAGCAGAGAAUCCAGGACAGACAGAAAGAUGUGAAGGUGCUUCAACAGGAGGUGGAGGCUAUCAAUGGCUCUGCUGAUAAAGCGGUGGAGGACAGCCGGAAGAUCUUCACCGAGCUGAUCCGUCUCAUGGAGGAAAGAAGGUCUGAUGUGGAGCGGCAGCUCAGAUCCCAGCAGGAAACUGAAGUGAGGCGAGUCAAAGAGCUCGAGGAGAAGCUGGAGCAGGAGAUCACUGAGCUGAAGAGGAAAGAUGCUGAGCUGAAGCAGCUCUCACACACAGAGGAUCACAGCCAGUUUCUACACAACUACCCCUCACUGUCACCACUCAGUGGAUCUACAGACUCAUCCGCCAUCAAGAUCCGUCCUCUCAGCUACUUUGAGGAUGUGACAGCUGCUGUGUCAGCAGUCAGAGAUAAACUACAGGACGUUCUGACAGAGGAAUGGACAAACAUCUCACUGACAGUGGCUGAAGUGGAUGUUUUACUGUCACAACCAGGACCCAAGACCAGAGCUGGAUUCUUCAGAUAUUCACGUGAAAUCACACUGGAUCCAAACACAGCAAACACAAAGCUGUUAUUAUCUGAGGGGAACAGAAAAGCAACAGCAACGACUCAACAACAGUCUUAUUCUGAUCAUCCAGACAGAUUCACUGGUUGGUUUUGGCAGGUCCUGAGUAGAGAGAGUCUGACUGGACGGUGUUACUGGGAGGUGGAGUGGAGAGGGACAGGAGUUUGUGUAGCAGUCGCAUACAAGAAUAUCAGACGAGCAGGGGGGAAUGAAUGUGGAUUUGGACGAAAUGACAAAUCUUGGGCGUUAUAUUGGAACAACAACAGUUAUUACUUUUGGUACAACAAAGUGAAAACUCCCGUCUCAGGUCCUCGGUCCUCCAGAGUCGGAGUGUACCUGGAUCACAGUGCAGGUAUUCUGUCCUUCUACAGCAUCUCUGAAACCAUGACUCUCCUCCACAGAGUCCAGACCACGUUCACUCAGCCUCUCUAUGCUGGACUUUGGUUUUGUUACACUGAUGGAGACUCUGCUGAGUUGUGUAAACUCCAACAGUCAGAAGUCAUUUCAGGGACAGUGGGUUAAAUUGUGUGUUUGAAUUGUGAAACUUGUCUUCAUGUUUGUUGCUGAGAGCUGAUUGUUGUGGCAUUUGUUCACUGCGCAGAGAUCAGCUGUCAAUCAAACACUGUGGGUGGGACUUUGACGUCUUCUCACGUGUUGUUCUGUAAAUGUUUGAGUGUGUUUAGGUGGAGCUCCUUCCUGUGUCUGUUCAGCCAUGGAGGCUCUCGCUGCUCAGGAUGAUCGCUGUUUACCUGAACUGACUUUUCUCUGCAUGAAAACAGAAACUUCUCUGAGCUCUACAUGUCUGUUGAAUGUUUCUGUUGGUUUAUUUGCAUGUUGUUGUUUCUCCUCCACUGCACGAGUGUUUAGAGAGAAAGCAGCAGAACGUCCUUUAUCGUACAUGUUCUGUUCUCAGAAAUCUGUGAUGACAUUUACAUUUAUUAUUCUGGCAAGCUGACGUAGAAAUGAGGCAGAGAGCUUCAAUGAAAGUGUGAUUAUCUUGAUCAUAAUCAAUAAUGAGAUCGUUCAUUAUUUUCUUUUCCAAAGCUGAGAUUCAAACAAACUGAUUGUGUGAAAGAUUGAAUCUGUGCAUGAAAUCACUGAACUGACUGUACUGAUGGCAGGUGUGAACAGACUGAAGGUUUCCAUCAGGAAUAAACAAAGAGGAACAAAG